AAUGGUGAGGAGUACUCAUCAAAAUCAAAAAAUCUAAUUUCUUUUACAGGACCCAGAUGCUAUACAGUGGGAAAACCAGCCUGGCAACAUAGUGCGUAUUAAUAAAAGGACACCACAUCCUGCCAAAUUCCAGCUGCGCUAAUUGUAUUGUGUUCACAGAGCUCACAAGCUAUCAGAAAGUUGUAUGGCAACCACCUCCGGCGCCAAAUAGAACUGGCAGACAUAGACAUUCAGUACAAGAAGAAAAAGAUGGAAAAUCUUGCACUGGAGUCCGAAAUAAAAAAGAGGACAAUUAGGAAACUGGACCUUGAAAUAAAAAAACUUGAGAGGGAGGUGAGAUAUGCCUUCAAUGUACACUGUAUGCUAACUGUAACACAAAUGUAUUAAUCAUUAUUUUUCUUUCCUCCCCCAGCUCCAAGAAGAUGACACAGCUCAAAAUAAAAAUUAGGUAUAUUCUCGUAAAGUCAAGUGAGCCAUGACAUAUGAGCUCUUAUUGUGAGCACACAGGACGGUGGCAUCUUUCUAAGUUUUUUUUAAUUUUCCCAGCAAUCAGUACAACCAAGUCAUCGUUAUAAGGCAUCGCCCUCUUUUGCCCACCCCCCCAGCACCAGGUGUGGCCACUAGCCUAUAUGAAGGCCCAAAAUUGUGUGUUCCUUUCUGCUCUGACAAUGGCAUGCCCAUUCGUGCGAGAUGUGGUGGAUGAAGAAGCACUUGUGCUGAGGAGAGCCUUCAGGCGAGAAAGGGUCUUCAGGGACCGGUUGGACCCACUGGCCUUCCCUGAUGACCAUCUAUAUGAAAGAUACAGGUUUUCUGCAGAUGGCAUCAGGUAUCUAUGCAGACUACUGGGUCCCAGGAUUAAGCACCACACUGCACAGAGCCAUGCACUGAGUGUGGAGCAAAUGGUUUGUGUGGCCUUGCGCUUUUUUGCUAGUGGAGCCUUCCUGUACUCAGUGGGGGAUGCAGAACAGCUGAACAAGGCCACAAUUUGCCGCACAAUAAGGAGUGUGUGUCUGGCUAUCAAAGCAUUAGCAGAUGUCUUCAUCUCCUUCCCUGGCCACAGAAGACUCUGUGACAUCAAAGAGGAGUUCUAUAGGAUUGCAGAUGGUCUGCAAUGCUGACUGUGUGAUCAGCAAUGUUGUGGCAAAAUGGCCUGGCUCAGUCCAUGACUCCAGAAUCUUUCGGGCCUCUGAAAUCUCUCAGUGCCUAUCACAAGGUGAAUUCUCUGGUGUGUUGCUGGGAGACAGGGGGUAUGGCUGCCAGCCUUUUCUCCUGACACCUUUCACAGACCCCCAGGAAGCACAGCAGGCCUACAACCAUGCCCAUGCCAGGACCAGGGCCAGAGUUGAAAUGACCUUUGGCCUCCUGAAGGCACGCUUUCACUGCCUUCACAAAUUAAGGGUCAGCCCUGUUAGGGCAUGUGAUAUUACUGUGGCUUGUGCUGUCCUCCACAAUGUGGCCUGCCUGAGGAAGGAGAGGGCCACCAGAGUGCCACCAGCCAUGGACUGGGACAAUCCGGCAAUCUUCCCUGAUGACGACAGUGGUCGGCUGCUGAGGGACCAAUAUGUGUUGAAUUAUUUGUUAGUAUGUGUGCUUUCAAUUUUGGUUAAAUAUGUCCUGCGGUGGCAGAGGAAUUUGUUUUUUUUUGGGUUCGUUCUUUUACGAAUUUGGCCUCUUAUGAUGUUUGUGCGGUAUACUGUGUGUAAUACAAGGCUGCAGGGAGGCUACUGCAUCCAUUCAUUUGUCUGUUCAGUUGAUGUGUAUGGAUUUGUCCUGCAUUUAUUUUAGUGUGCAGACAUGCAGGGUGUGUUAUAUACAGACCUUUGAAUGUGUAUGUAUCAUUUUGUAUAAUAUGCUUGGAUUCUGUGCUUUCCAUCUUGUAGAGUCACUGUGACUUCAGUUUCGAAAGGAGCUGAUGGUUUACCUGCUUUGUUUUGUCCUUAUUCAAUAAAGGAACAUAAUGUUACACAUUGUGUUUUUAUAUUCAAA